UAAGCAGCAGAGGGAAACUUUAGUUAGCUUUCAGUUUGACUGGAGAAACGCGAAGAAAACAUUUCAUAAGAAUUUAGUGUUUGUAGAUUUAAGAAGAUGAAGCUCUUUGCUGUGUUUUUCUUCCUCUUCUGUGCCUCUCAGGAUUCUCUGUCUAAAUAUGUGGAGGUUCAGGAAGGAGCUCCAUCUGUUCUGCUUCCCUGUAACUACAGCAAAGAGAUUGAUACAGUGAAAUGGAGCCGCUUUGAUCUCAAUCCCACUACGGUCCAUGAACGGAGAAUAAACGGAGACGACCUACAGGAACAAAAUCAGCAGUUCAAAGGAAGAACAUUUAUGAGACCUGAUGCUCUAGACUCUCUGGACUUCAGCCUGACUCUGAAAGAACUUCAACCUUCUGACAGCGGCGUCUACAUCUGCAGCAUCAUUGAUAAGAAAGAAGAAACACCACUGACUGAGGUCCAGCUGUAUGUCAGAGUUCUUCCAAGUAGGGAAGCCUCCAGGGGACUUUUGACUCUCAGGCUGGGAGAUCGGUCAGUGAUGGAGUACAUCACUGACUUCCACCUGUUGUCUGCCUACUGUUCCUGGAAUGAGGACGCCCUCAUGGAUGUUUUUUUCUUUGGCCUGCGGGAAAGCAUCAAGGAUGAGCUUUCGACCCGCGACUACCCCCGGACUCUGAAGCAGCUGGAGGACCUUUCCAACCAGAUUGACCUUCACCUCACUGAGCAUCACAGGGAAAGGAGAGCACUGACGACUAGGGAUGGGGAUCGUUAA